AUGGUAAGGGUAGAAUGUAGGGCCAAAUGUGGAUUUUUAAAACUUUGUUCAAAAGUGGGCCAUAAGCACGCUUUUGCUAUAAAAACAAUAUUUGACAAACACACAUGUGCUAGAGUUUUAGAUAACAGAUCUGCAAGCUCAAGGGCAUGGAAGGCAAAGCUCACAGCAAAGAGGAUUAUAGAGGGAGAUGCAGACAAGCAAUAUGCUAAUUUGAGGAGGUAUGCAGCUGAGGGUUUCACUAAUGGUUGCAAACCCUUUGUUGGGGUAGAUGGUUGUCAUCUAAAAAUGAAAUAUGGGGGUCCGUUGCUAAUUAUUAUGGGUAGGGAACCUAAUGACCAGUAUUUUCCUUUAGCAUUUGGGGUAGUUGAAACAGAAACAAAGGAGACAUGGAGAUGGUUUAUUGACCUGAUGAUUGAAGACAUUGGGUUGGACAAGAGAUAUGUUUUUAUAUCUGAUCAACAAAAGGGACUAGUUUCUGUUUUUGAAGAGAUGAAUGAAAGGGUAGAACAUAGGUUGUGCUUGAGGCAUCUGCAUGUUGUAGCAGCAUUAGGUUUUAGACAACAAAACCCUGAGGAUUUUAUAGAUGAAUGUUAUUCUAGAGAAAAAUAUAAAAUGUGUUAUGGUUUUGCUGUAAGUCCAAUUAAUGGCCAGGAUAUGUGGCCUGAGGUAGAAUCAGAAGAAUUAUUGCCACCAAUGUUUAAUAAAAGUCCAGGGAGUCCUAGAAAGAUAAGGAUUAGAGAGAGUGGUGAAGAAGGUUCAAGAAAAAUGUUUCAAGGUGUUUCUUAUAGAUGUGCAAAAUGUGACAAGAAAAAGGUCAAGACACAACCAACCCAAAUUGUUACAAGUCAAACUGAUGGAGAUGUUACAACUCAAGCUGAUGGAAAUCCAACUGAUGCCACUCAAACUACUGCAAGUUAA